CUGAAGCAGGUGGCCGACCCAGCACCCAGCACCCGGCACCCAGCACCCUACACUCGGGAGCGAGAGCUAGGAGGAUGCCUCAGGAGCGGACUGUGCGCCUGCAAUACGGGAACCGCAUCGAGGCGGUGUGUGUACUGGGCACUCGGCUCUGGGUCGAUGUCUACAGUGCGGCCCCCGCUGAUGCCAAGACCUUCAGCCUGAAACACACAGAUGGUGUACAGGUAGAGGCAGUGAUUGAUGGGCAGGCCGAGGAGGCCACAGCCAAUGGCAAGCAGCGAUGGGCCCUCUCGCCCAGCACCAUUCUCCGUCUCAGCAUGAGCCAGCCUAGCACAGAAGUCAGCAGUGACAAGGUCACCGUCAACUAUUAUUCGGAGGAAAACAAAACGCCCAUUGACCAAGCUGGCCUUUUCCUCACAGCUAUUGAGAUCUCCCUGGAUGUGGACGCAGACCGAGAUGGAGUCGUGGAAAAGAACAAUCCUAAGAAAGCAUCCUGGACCUGGGGCCCUGAUGGCCAUGGGGCCAUCCUCCUGGUGAACUGUGACAGGGAGGUCCCCUGGUUGCCCAAGGAAGAUUGCUCGGAUAACAAGAUCUACACCAGAGAAGACCUGAAGGACAUGUCUCGGAUGAUCCUGAGGACCAACGGCCCCAGUCAGCUCCCAGCAGGCUAUGAGAUGGUUCUCUACAUUUCCAUCAGCGACUCCGACAAAGUGGGCGUGUUCUAUGUGGAUAACCCUUUCUUUGGCCGGCGUUACAUCCACAUUCUCGGCCGGCAGAAGCUCUUCCACGUGGUCAAGUACACAGGUGGCAAAGCCGAGCUGGAAUUCUUUGUGGAAGGCCUUCAAUUCCCUGAUGAGAGUUUCUCUGGCCUGGUCUCCAUCCAUGUCAGCCUGUUGGAACUUCUGAUGGAGGGACUUCCCCAGACUCCAAUCUAUACAGAUACAGUGACUUUCCACGUGGCCCCAUGGAUCAUGACCCCGAACACAUUGCCUCCGGUGUCUGUUUUAGUAUGCAGCAUGAAGGACAAUUACCUGUUCCUCAAGGAGAUAAAGAACCUGAUAGAGAAAACUGACUGCAAACUUAAGAUCUGUUUCCAGUACAUGAACCGUGGGGAUCGUUGGAUCCAGGAUGAAGUUGAGUUUGGCUACAUUGAUGCUCCCCACAAGGGCUUUCCUGUGGUCCUAGAUUCCCCCCGAGAUGGGAACCUGAAAGACUUCCCAGUGAAGGAACUCCUGGGCCCAGAUUUUGGCUAUGUCACCCGGGAGCCACUCUUCGAGGCAGUCACCAGCCUGGAUUCCUUCGGGAAUCUGGAGGUCAGCCCCCCUGUGACGGUGAACGGAAAGGAGUACCCCCUGGGAAGGAUCCUCAUCGGCAGCAGCUUCCCCCUGUCUGGCGGAAGAAGGAUGACAAAGGUGGUGAGAGACUUCCUGCAGGCUCAGGUAGUGCAGGCACCUGUGGAGCUAUAUUCUGAUUGGCUGAUCGUUGGCCAUGUGGAUGAAUUUAUGACCUUCGUUCCCAUCCCGGGCAAAAAAAAGGAAUUCCGGUUGCUCAUGGCCAGUACCUCUGCCUGCUACAAACUCUUCCGGGAAAAGCAGAAAGAGGGCCAUGGAGAAGCUAUCUUGUUCAAAGGCUUGGGGGGCAUGAGCAACAAACGAAUUACCAUCAAUAAGAUCCUGUCCAAUGAGAAUCUGGUGCAGCAGAACCUGUAUGCCCAGCGCUGCCUGGAUUGGAACCGGGACAUCCUGAAAAAGGAACUAGGGUUGACAGAGAAAGAUAUCAUUGAUCUCCCAGCUCUGUUCAAGUUGAAUGAAGAAGGUCAAGCCAUGGCUUAUUUCCCCAACAUGGUGAACAUGAUUGUGCUUGACAAGGACCUGGGUGUCCCCAAACCCUUUGGGCCCCUGAUCGACGAGCAGUGCUGCCUGGAAGCUCACGUGUGCUCACUUCUGCAGCCCCUGGGUUUCUCCUGUACCUUCAUCGAUGAUAUUUCCUCCUAUCACAAAUUAAUGGGGGAGGUCCACUGUGGUACCAAUGUCUGCCGGAAGCCCUUUGCCUUCAAGUGGUGGCACGUGGUGCCUUGACUCCAUGGGCAGGCUUGGCAUCCCCUUCCCUCAUUCCCUCCACCUUCCCCUUACCUCUUCCCAUAUUCCCAGGUCCAACACCUUCUUGGAAAUUGCUUUUAUUUCCUUGGGCUGGGUCCAUUUUUAUGUCUGCGUGGGGUUGGGGUGGAGUCUGGAAAAAAAACUAUAUGUGACAUGUCUUGCCCCUCACCCCUAAGGUUCUAGAGUGCACUCAAAUUCACAUGCAACAGUCUCAAGGUCUCCCAAACCACCUUCUCUCCUUGGGCAAAUGGAAGGGGGAGGUCAAUUCUUUUGUGGACAAGAGAAGGCCUGAGGGACACCAGAGUCAAUCUGACUGGCCCACAAGCCCCAUUUAGGAUUCACCUCUCAAGGGGAUGAUGCCUCUAGCUUCUCUAUGGAUGCCCUCAGUCACUUCAUUCCUCACCAGCCCUCCUCACACUUGUCCCUGGCUUUCUCCUCAGAGGAUCCAGGCACACCCUUUAAUAUCUAUCCGUCCUGCCCCACAUCAGAUACCAGCUGCAGUGGGUCAGCUGCCCAGUCCCAGGCUAACUCCAGGCCUAGAGGACUACAUGGAUUGGUAGGGAGGGGGAUGGAAUAGACACAACACAUCCUUGCCCUGCUUGGGGAUAUCAGCCCAAGAAUCCACUGCCAUUUUUAAUUAGGCUGAUUGCCCCUCUGUGCCUUUUUUCUGGAGUGAAGCCAAGGUUAGGACCAGGGGGUGGGAAAGGUCCUUCUCUCUCCUCAAAGGUUCCAUGGUUCCCACCAUGUUGGGUCCAACCCUGGAGAUGGGAUCAAACAGCUAGUGUAUUUUCCAGUUUCUGGUAAUAGCUUUCCAAGUCAGGAGGAUUAGAUGGCCAAUAGCAUUUCUCCCCAGAGAAGGAAAAGAUCCAGUGUUCUUAUCACUACCUUUAAGUAAUAGAAAUAUCACUCAGAGUUUGUGACUGGGGCUCCAGAGGAUGUGAGUUCAAAUCCUACCUUUGACACCUACCAACUGGGUGACCUUGGGCACAUCACUUAACGAUCUCUCUGGGCUUCCAUAAAAAUGAGGUGGUUGGACCAGCUGGCCUCUGAAGACUCUUCCAACUCAACAUCUAGCAUCCUAUGAUCUCCAAUUCCAACUCUACUCUCCCCCCCCCACCCUUCUGUGAAGCUUAUUAAGAGCGAGAUCCCAAGGCUGUUUCCCCAAGAGUCCAGGGAUAGUACUUGGGACCUUUUCUUAAAACACUUCCUACAGAAUGGUCCUCUUUCUCCAAGAGGUCUGCCUGGAGUGGGAUUCCUGCCCCACUUUCUUACAGAAAUUGUUUUACAGAAAUGCAUUGGCAUUCUUCCCCAGCUCCAUGCCCUGCUCCCACCCCAUCAAGAAAUGAAAAGUAUUCAACUAAAUGAGGCACUCACAACCUCAAAGUAUAGAUAGGACAACUUUCCGUGCACCCCUGGCCUUUCCCUUCUCCCUUCUUUCCCUUUCCUGUUUUCCAUUAGCUCCACCCAACAAGUAUUUACUAA